AGCGCCCAGGUGCUGCACCGCAAUCUUCCCAUCCGUCUACUGUUUUGCAUCCAGCAAUUCCUCAAGCUUCCUUUCAUCGUGGGCUGCAAUCCACACUUUAAACACGUGCACCGCACUUACCUGCGUGCCCACGAGAACAUCAAUAGCUUUGGCAAGAUUGUGAAUGAGCAGAAGGAAGCCGAGUAUGUGGAGCUUCUCAACGGUUUCAUCGACGAUCACAUGAACGUCGUGGCCCAGUUGGCCCAAGGCGUGCGGGACUGCAAGCUGCAUAAAAAAGCCGAAACCGAUGUGCUCGACUCGUUCAUGAACAACAUCAUCAACGAGCGCAUCGGGCUCCGCCUUCUCAUUGAGCACCAAGUCUCGCUCCAUCUAAAUCGAGAGCAUCAUGCAGGUGUCAUCAACAAGUGCAUGUCGCCAGCCAAGGUGGUCGAUAAGAUGGUGGCCACGGCGUCACGCGUGUGCCUCGAGACCUAUGGAUCGGUACCAGAGGUGGUUGUCCAGGGUCAAACAGACAUUACUGUUCCCUUUGUCCAAGCCCAUCUCGAAUACAUUUUGCUGGAACUGUUUAAGAAUGCCUUUCGCGCAUCCAUGGAGUUUGGAGAUUGGUUGGACCCACCGGAGGUGGUCGUGACUAUUUCUGAGAGCCGCAACCACUUUCAGAUUCGCGUGUCGGACCGUGGGGGAGGAUUUUCACCCGAGGUGGGGACCAACAUGUGGAGCUGGUCCUUCACGACAGUGGACGAAAAGGAGCCACUCGAUUAUGGUCUGGGCGCCACAUCGGUAGACGCCUCCGUCAAACUCGCCGGUGCGCCCAGUCUGGGCGUGGGUAUUCCCAUGAGUCAAGCCUAUGCCAACUACUUUGGUGGCUCCCUCGAGAUUCACUCGUUGGAGAAUUAUGGCGCGGACGCCUAUCUCAAACUGCCAAGUAAGGCAGCACACCUCGUGGCCCGUACCCAUGAUCACGCAGCCCAAGGCACACCUUUUGCUCACGCAUGUUUUCCCUCUGGCCUGGAUGCGCAGAGCUGA